AUGAACGAACCAUCGAGAGCCCUGGGAUCUGAUACUCGUGAAAAUGGACCCGAUGGACGUAUGCCCCAACACGACGUCCCUUACUCACAUCAUAAGACUAAUCCUUUAACAGAUCUCAUUGAGACGGAAAAACAAUUUCGAGUAACCGCCUGUUGGCGUCCAGAUGAACUUCCGCCCGCGGAACUAGACACAAUGUUCCGUAAUAUUGAAGAAAUAUACCGACAAAAUAAACGAUUUUGGACGAAACUUUACAAAAUAUCAAAGAGUCCUGAAUCUGCUAAAGAUUUAGGCGACACCUUGAUGAUUUGGGUAGACGAUAUGGAAGCUCCAUACACGCAAUAUUGUCAGCAUUUUAUAAAGGGAUUUGAUAGUUGGCCAAUGAUUGAAGAACAUGAAACAUUACAACAAACUCUUAUUAGGAUAGCAGCGGAACGUAAUCGACCCGUAUCUCUUGAUUUUUUUUUCGAAAUGCCCCUUACGAGGUUACAGUAUUAUAAAAAACUAUAUAUGCGUCUCUUAAAAAGCACAGCACCAGGACGUUCCGACCAUCAACUCCUAUUCUCGGCCAACCAACGCCUCGACAUCCUCAUCGACAUGGAAAGACAAGCAAGAACCCAUAUACAAUCAGGACCAGCCAUUCUUGCGUCAUUGCCACUGAAACAACCUCAGCAUGAUGCGAUAUCAAUACCACCUUCAACACCGCAACAACCACCUGUCUCUCCUGGUUUUCCUCGUAACAAUAAUUUCCCUUCUUCAUCGCCUGGUUAUUCGUUACAUCCAGAACUGAAUUCCGAAUUUCCAAGUCGAAUUAAUUGGAAUUAUGGAUUAGAAGAACUUGAGGAGCAGCUUGAUAUGUCUACUGUUAUUGAUCUUUUUACUAAACAGCCAAAGAAAGUCAAAAUCUCUCUUCGUCCAAAAAGUCUUCCUUUCAAAAGGGACAUUCGCCUGCACGACAACUUCGUCGUGAUAAUUCAGUACGCUGAUGGCUCGGUCAUGCAUAAAGCUCACAUGUUUCUAUUGACUGAUCUCUUGAUGAUUUGUCGUGUGCUCACCCCGGAAGAGAAGCAGCGUAUGCCACAUAUUGAAUUUUUGCUUUUGUAUCCGCCGUUAAGUGGAAAACAUUUAGCUGUUCGGGAUUUGAAUGAUACUAAAGAUGAUCUUUUGGAAUUGUUUGUUAUGAAACGAGAAAAAAUUAUUCUUCGUGCCGAGUCAAAAAUUGUGAAGGAUCGGUGGUUCCAGGGAUUUAACGAGAUUAUUGAUUUUGCUACCAAAGCAAGUGUCAAACCAAGAGUCAAUACGGACCCUCGCUCCUUGAGUCAAGACCCUGCUCGUACUUCCCCAUUAUCAGCAAAUGACACGAAACGUAGCCCAAAGAGCCCAAUUUCACCUUAUGUCAUGAGAGAUAACAGCAAUGAUGGUGGUCAAUUGCUAACUCCUCCGACUGCUCAACAUCAAUUGUCGCAACCAUCGUCGCCCGUAUCCUCAGAAAGAAAAAUUUUCCCGUCGAAUAGUGAUCAAAAUAUGAACUCUCCUGAUUCACGUUCACGUUUAUCACCUCCAGGAUUAGCUAUGAAUAAUAACUUUAAUAAUUCUACGGUGUAUCCAAACAGCCUGCCCAACACAAACAAUCCACCAAAUUUACAUUUUCAACAGCGAUCCAGAACUCCGGAUCCACCACGUAAUGCCGGCGGGCAAUAUCCCGGGGACUAUAAACCUUAUCCACCCGAAUCAUCAUCUCGUCGUAGUGACCCAACAGCCGCAGAAGUUCACAUGUCGCCAAAUCGUCAAAGAUCAAACUCCAAUAGCUCUCUUGCGUCCGUUUCUAGUGUAGCAGCAACUCGCGAGAUCCUUUACAAAACACCACCAUGUAAAGUUUUUAUAUGGAAAGAGUCUACGUGGAAACCGUUGACGACAAGAGAAAAUUGUAUUAUAGAAAUUAGAUUGACCACGACGGGUAAAUGUUGUUGGGCUAUAUUAUUAGAAAAAAGUAGACGCAUGGUUCUUAAUGCAUGGAUCCUCCCGUCGACAACUUUACGUCGAGAGACGCCGACUGACUUCAGUAUAUCUUGUGAAAUGGGUCAGGGCAAAGAAUAUUAUCGAAUUAGUACGCCACAUCCUGUCGAAGCUGAUCGUUGUAUGCAAAAUAUCAAGGGGAAUGAACAAAAUCUAUCACCACAAUCACAAUCACCAAGAGUUCAAUUUCCGCCGCAACAACAGCAAAAUCUAUCACCACAAUCACAAUCACCAAGAGUUCAAUUUCCGCCGCAACAACAACAAAAUCUAUCACCACAAUCACAAUCACCAAGAGUUCAAUUUCCGCCGCAACAACAACAAAAUCAAUCACCACAAUCACAAUCAAUAAGAUUUCAACUUCCGCCGCAACUUAAACAACAAUUACCAGCACAACCACAAAAUGUUCCAAGGUUAGUUGUUCCCGUCCAACCCCAAACACCCCGUUCCUCCUCCCGUUCCGCCUCACUAGCACAAGAAACCGCGCAUGAGAUCGUGGCAACAGUCACAAAAAUAAUGGAAACAAAAUGUCGUGUAUUCCUACAGAACGAUCACGGUGUAUGGACAAAUCUCAAUUGGGGCCACAUGAAAUUAUCAAUUGAGACGCCGGCACAUCGUAAACGAAUUGUGAUCAGUUCUGAUAAACAACAGACGAAAAUUAUUGAUGCUAUUGUGUGGGAAGAUGGAGUCGAACGUGUGGGCAAAACUGGGGUUGCGAUAACAUUGGCGAAUAUGGGAAUUGUGUACAUGCUUCAGAUGAAAGAGGAAAAGACUGCAAUAAAGGCAUUUGAGUUGAUGAAAGAGAAGAAGGUCAAGUCGUGA